AACGUUGCUUUCCCAUUUUCGCGACGCUUUCUGGCGUGAAGCGUUCGUUUUAAUGUCGGAUUGGCAGAGCAUACCAUGCGUGGAAAGGCACAAACAAUUUCUCGAGAAGCUUAUCGCAGCCUUGAUCGAUUGCACUUUUGAAAGUGUGUCCCGUGAAAAUCCCGUAUUAAGAUGGAGAGAACCGGGUCGUCUACAGGAUAUCAUAAACUUCAAUUUGCAGGAAGAGCCACAAAGCCAGGAUAGUCUUUUAGAGAUCGCGUCUAAGGUUUUCAAAUAUAGUGUUAAAACAGGACACCCUUACUUUAUGAAUCAGUUGUUCUCUGGAUUGGACCCCUAUGGCUUAGCCGGACAAUGGCUCACAGACGCGUUAAAUUCCUCGGUAUAUACUUACGAAGUGGCGCCGGUUAUAACGCUGAUAGAGAGGACAGUAAUUAGAAAAUUGUUAAGCAUGUUUUAUAAGGAAGAAAAUGGUACUAUGAUCGGAGAUGGCCUUUUCUGCCCAGGAGGUUCGUUCGGUAAUGGUAUUGCCAUUAACUUGGCGCGGUUUUCGUUUAGAAAGAAAACUCAAAGUAGUAAAAUUAUAUCCUUAAACUUGGUACUUUUCACAUCCGAAGAUGCUCAUUACUCGACCUUAAAAUGGGCAAACGUUUGUGAUGUGGAAGUUGUACUUGUAAAAACCGAUGAAUAUGGUAGAAUGGAUAUUGGUGAUUUAAGGGCUAAAAUAUUAAGAGAAAAAAGCAAAGGAAAUUAUCCGUUUUCUGUUACAGCAACCGCAGGUACAACCGUUCUGGGUGCCUUCGAUCCAUUAAUCGAAAUUGCAGAUAUUUGUCAAGAACACGAUAUGUGGUUGCACGUGGAUGCAGCCUGGGGAGGCGGUCUGAUAUUCAGCAAAAAGCACAGUGCUCUCUUAAGAGGAAUACAAAGAGCAGAUUCUAUUUUGUUUAAUCCACACAAAUUACUGGCUGUUCCUCAACAAUGCUCGUUGCUUCUAAGCAAGCAUGAAAGUAUUUUCAAAGAAGCACAUUCUAAACAAGCUCCUUACCUCUUUCAAAAAGAUAAAUUUUACUCUACUGAUUUGGAUGUGGGGGAUAAGUAUUUGCAGUGUGGACGCAGACCAGAUGUGUUGAAAUUUUGGUUCAUGUGGCAAGCUAAGGGUACUUCAGGAUUUGAAAAACAUGUGAAUCAUUUAAUGACACUUUCAGCUCUUUUUAAAGAAGAAAUAGAGAAAAGACAUGCCUUUAAAUUGGUGACAGACUCGUGUUUUAUAAACGUGUGUUUUUGGUUCAUUCCACCAUCUUUGAGAGUUUCAAAUUCACUGUAUAAUUAUAACAACUUAUUAAACAAAGUUGCACCAAAGCUAAAGGAAAAAAUGACCAAAAGAGGUAGUUUAAUGAUCAGCUACCAGCCACUUCGUGAGAAACCAAAUUUCUUCCGUUUUGUUAUUCAGAAUUCAGGAGUGGAUAAGCAAGAUAUAUACUACGUUUUUGACGAACUGGAGAAUCUAGGAGAAUCUAUGUGA